AUGUUCAAUUUUCAAAAUGGAAAUGCGAAGCAACUAAAGAAGAGAGAGCGGGUGGUGCGCGAGAUCUGGGAGACAGAGGUGGGCUACGUCCACGAUCUUGAAGUCAUUUUCAUCAAUCCGUUGCGAGACGCCUCCAUUCUCUCAAGAACGGAAAUCCCCCAGAUCUUUGGCAAUCUCGAGGUGCUGCACCAGUACAACGCGCAAUUCCUCAGCUCCCUCAACGAUCGCCUUUCCGACAGCCACAAUUAUGAAGACAUCAACGACCUCUCGCUGGCCAACAUCGGCGACCUCUUCAUCCAAGUGGCCACGCCCAACUUCAGUUCCAUGUACAAGACCUACUGCAAGAACUACCGGGCCUGUCUCGACGCCCUUCGCUAUUUCAAGGACCGCAUCCCCGAAUUCGACCCCUUUGUCAGGAAAUGCGAAUUGGCUGAAGAGUGCAAGGCGCUCGACCUGGGAUCGUUCCUCAUCAAACCGGUCCAGCGAAUAUGCAAGUAUCCGCUCCUCCUCCGAGAACUUCUCAAAUGCACGAGCGAGAACCACUCCGACCACGAAGACCUGGUCAAGGCCAUCGCCAUCUUCGAGGAACUCACCGCCCACAUCGACAACGCCAAGGAGGUGUUGACGCCUGGGCGUGUGUUCAUCAGGGAGGGGUACCUCAUGAAGCUCAGCCCGCGCAAGGCGGACUACUACCAGGAGCGGUAUCUGUUCCUCUUCAACGACGUGCUCGUCUACGCGCGACCCAAGAAAAACCUCAAAUUCCAGAAAGAAGCGGCGGGGGUGAGGCAGAGCCGACUCCACGGCAAGAAGAAGAGCCUCAGCAAGCGGGACGUCAACGAACUGUUUGGCAGCGACUCGUCGGCCAUCAAGCGCAAGGGAAUCAACAGCGGCCGCAUGGAGCCGUCGAGUCUGGACACGUCGUCCAGCAUCACUCGAAAACGACACGCGUUUUCCAUCGUCCGAAUGGACACCAAGAAGACUUACGUCAUGCACGCCAAAUCGCCGGAGGACAAACACCUGUGGCUUUCUGCCAUCGAGCAGGUGAUCAACGAGCUGCUGGAGAAGAAGUUCGUGGGCGAGAAGCCCAUGACGGGCGCGCCCUCGCCGGCGUCGAUGCUGAUGAUGAGCGCGGGCGCGGUCCUCCUGGACAACCCGCCCGCCGAGAUGAUCAAGCGCGAGGUGGCCUUCUCCAGCUCCCUGCCGGCCGCCUCCGCGCUCACCGCCGCCCUCGCCUCCCCGGCCGCCCACCCGAGCGACGACUCCGCCUCCCCGGCCUACGUCCCCACGCCCCGCAGCAACGAAGCAGCGGCCGUCUCGCCGCCGCCGUCGCAGUCCGGGGCCGCCUCGCCCACGACGCUGGCCUCGCCGCCCUCGUCGUCCGGCACGCCCGUCUACGGCACGCCGUCGUCGACGUCGACAAUGGCGACAGGAAACCCGCUGGCGCUCUCCGGCAACACGAACCCGACGGCGGCGCUGAUGGCGUCGAUGGGCGCCUCAACGGCCGCGCAGCCGCCGAUGAACAAGGGCGAGGUCAUGGAGAGCCUGCGCCGACAGAACAACCGGCUCAAGAUCGUCAACGAGGAGCUGGAGGGCCGGCUCCAGUUCGCCGAGCACGAGCUCAGGCGCGAGCGCGAGGAGGCGCAGGCGGAGAUCGCCGACCUGCAGCGGCAGCGGCGCGAGCUCGAGGCGCUGGUCGACUUUCUGGUGCAGGUCACGGGCAAGACGCGGGACGAGCUCAACGAGAUCCGCCAAUGGGCGCUCGAGGAGGUCGAGGACUCGUCGGACGAGGCCGAACCGGACGACGAGGGGCGCGAGCGCGAAGAGCCCGAGGCCACUGUGGUGGAGGCUGUGGCGGAGGCGGAGGCUGAUAUGGAGGCGGAGGCGGUGGCGACGCCAAAGAACGAAAGCGACGGCGGAGAGGAUGCGCAGCAGACAAAGAACGAAGAAAGCGACGUGGUGGAGGCCGAGAAGACCGAGGAGCAGCAGGGAGGCGUGCCCAGCGGCGAGAGCGAGGGCAUCAACGAGAAGAACGAAAGCGAAACCGAGAGCGAGAGUGAAAGCGAAAGCGACAAUGCGAGCGACUCAGCCAAUGAAAACAUCGUGGAAGAACCACCGCAGCGGGCGGUGGACGACGAGAAACUGGCCGUACGGGAGAUCGCCGCCCCCGAGCUGCAGGCGACCGCCGAGGCCCAGCAGCAGCUGCUGCAACUGCAACGAGCACGGGACGAGGAAGAGGCGCGGAAGACGUCGCUCGGGCGGAAGUGGGAAGAGCAGGCCCGCCGCGUCCAAAUGGAAAGGGAACUCAAAAACCGGGAGUGGUCCGACAAGAAGCUGGAUCUGAUCAAGAUCAGGCAUCCGUCGGUGCGCAUCGCGGUCCCGCUGGAGGAGAUCAAGAAGCGGUUCGCGCAGGAGGAGCUGGAGAAGGAGAUCGAGAAGUACUUCCCUCGCCACCUGCUCCAGCCCGGCAAGCCCUCGGCCUCCUCCACCUCGCCCCGGUCGCCUCGGUCGGAGGCAACCGCCGCGGCUGUGUCGACAGCAUCGCCUACACUUUCGACGCCCGCCGUCGAGGGUGACAACUCCGAAAAGAAAGAAGAACGAACGUUGGCUCCGGCGACGGCGAUCGUGGAAGCGGAGGAGGCCGGGGCGCGCCCGAGCGAGAAGGGCGGAGGCAUGGUGGGCUACGUGUCGAAGCUGAAGAAGAGCAACAACGACUGCAGGCCGGGCACGUUCGGCUUCAAUGCCAUCCCAGUCGUCGUCGGCGAGCGGGAAUCGAACGGCGGCACGGCGACUGCGGCCACUCUCAAGGGCUCGAACUCGUUCCGGCUGGGCAGCUACCGGCGGGAGCGAGACAGCGGCAGCGGCGCCGUUGGUGUCGACAGCGACAAGCGACAGUUGUCGACAAUCGGCGAGCUCAAGGCGGCUGAUGACGUCCGCAGCAGCACCACCACCACCAGCGCUCCGACCGUCAUCGCGGCGCAGCUGGACUUUAUUCGCGAGGAGUUCGGCGGCGGCGCCGGGGCGAAGAGCGAAAGCGUCGACGAGUACGGGGUGGUGAGCGACGCCGCGGCGGAGGUGGAGACGAACGAAGCCGAACUGCAGCGGAUGGAGCUCCGGUACCGGCUGCAGGCCGACCGCGAGGUCGCCAACGGCAAGUACGCCCGGCGGGUGGGCGUCCUCUACAAGAAGGAGCGCAACGGCGACAAGUGGUUCGGCUGCAAGUUCGUGCUCGGCAAGUACUCCCUGAAGUACUUCAAGAUCCGGGCCGACUGGGAAACAGCCGAGGCGUUGGGCGAGAUCUCGCUCGUGCGGGCGCGGGUGGACUGCUGCCCGCACGGGAAGGACAAGGGCUUCUGCUUCCUCUUGCAGUCGCCCCUGGAGACCGCCUUCCUCGCCGCCGACAAGGAAGACGCCCUGCGGGAUUGGUUGGAGGCCAUCAUGGGCUGCAUUCGGGAUCUGCCCGUCGGCCUCCGGUGGUCCUUCCGUCGUGACGACUCCUUGGUCAAGGCCCAAAGCGACCUGAUGUUGAAGGAGAGGAUGGAGAAGCGGGAGUGGUUGAUGAACGAACGCCAACGCACCGGGUCGAUUCCGAUGCCACCCACCGCUGCCGCCCUGGCGACACCCGGCGCCACCACCGGCGAGCCGUCGGCCGCCUCCGAGCAACCCACAAAUGACCAACAGCGGAAGGAGGGCUACGCCUACGUCAGCACUCCCUCCGACUCUGAAGGCGACAGCGGCAAGCUGCUUUACUGCGUGUGUUGCCGCAACGGAACCCUGUCCACCUACGCCAGCUCCAAGGCGCUGACGACGCCCGUGGCGGAAUACGAGCUGGCGGGGAGGAAGCUGCAGGCGCGGGCCAGCGCGAAGGACUACGCCUUCACGCUUCGGGUGAGUCACGAAGCUGAGGAGCAAGAGGAGGCGCAGGAGGUGGUGACGCUUAGGUUCCUCAACGAAGCCGAGCUCCGUGCGUGGCACCGUUUUGCGCUCUCCGUUGCCGCCGCGCCAACCACCACCACGAACCCAUGA